AUGACAACAUCCCGGCAACCCCAUCCAAUCGACCCUGCCGCUGCCGCGCGCAACAGUGCUGCUGCCCACACCGCCGACGCCGACACCGCAGACAACCCCACUGCCCGCCGCGAGCUGCAACACCGCGAGCGCCGUGACCACCACGAGCGAGCGCACGGUCCUCACUACUACACCGUGCACGCUGGUGCCGCCGGCCCCGACAGGCCUGGUUCUCCUUCUUCAUCUUCCUCCAACCACCGAGACCUGCAUCUGAGACACGCAAAGCAGAGUCCCGACGACAGCAUUCCGCGCUAUUCGGCGUACCCGGUGGCUCAUCCUCCAUCGGCUGCUGACCGCGACUACCACACCCUUCACAGGCGCUACGCCAGCGAGGACACUCGAGCUCACUCACGCGAGCCCCUCGCCGGCCUAGCAGCCAACCCAAUACAUUCCACCAUGGACCGCGGAGGACGAGACCGUGAACGCGAGUACGAGCAGCAGCAGCCGCGCGGCGACUCGCGCAAUGAAGAGCGCUAUCCACCGCCUCCGCCGCCGCACUCGCAUCACCAUUUGCACGCUGGACGCUCAAGCUCGACGGUUGCACCAGAACCUGGGCCUUCACGCGCCCGCUACGACCACUACGACUAUGCGCCCCAUGAGCAGAGCUCCCCACCGCCAUCGUGGGCGCCAGGAAGCGGUAGCAGCAGCGGCAGCAGCAGCCGCUACCCAGGUCCGCCUCCUCUCCACCACCAACCACCACAAUACAGUUACCCCGCUUCUUACCCAUACACCUCUCAACACGCACUUCCGCCGCCUCCUCACCAUGCCGCAGCGCACACAGACGUGCCUCCAGGAUGGGGAGGGUGGGGAGGGACACCAGCAUACGCCGGUGCGCCCUAUCCCACGUCGGGCCCGCAAGCUGCGCCCCCUCCGUCGUCGCGCAUGCAUCCCACCGCACAGCCCGCGCAGCCUUCGCCCCCUCCGCCAGCGUCUCCAAGCCAGAUCCAGCAGCGUUUGCCUCCACCACCUGCAUCAGCACCGUCGCCCCCUCCGUCUGGCACCCCCACACCGGGUGGCUACUUGCCCGGAUUCCAGCCCGAUUACGAGAGGGGACGUGCAGUAGGCCAGACCCAGACACGCCGGCCCGCUGCGCCCGAUGAGUUGGGCGGCAAUGGCGGCGCUGUGGCCGUCAUGGGCUCCGAGGUCCGCCCACCGCCCACUGAAGCGUAUUUGAUUUUGCGCCCCCACAACGUGCCGCGCGUCGGGUGGCAGUCGACUGCAGAUGCCGCUCAAGCGUUCGACGCAAGUGACUGGUCGUUUGAGCUCAACGUUCUCCAGCACCCCGAGCGCGGUAAAGCAUUGGGCGUCGAAAACUUGCGCCGAGGAUGGCCGCCACUCACACCACCGCUCAUCAUCCAACUCGUCGUCAAGGACCAAGACGGCCACCCUGUCCCCACCGACAACGCAACCCUCGCUAGACGUCUUGUGCACAUGACCAUGAGCGUUGAGCUCGUUGCCCCCGAUACCAGCGAAUCGCGAGCAUUAAUGCGUGUGCGGCCCUCGAGUCUCCGCGGCAAUGCCCAGCCAUACUACCCAUCAUCGGCGCCACCACCUUAUUCUGUCCAAAAGACGCUUUUAGGAUCCUCUGUGCGCACAGCCCAGGUACUUACGCGCGACAGCCGCAAGGGUCUGUACUUUAUUUUCCAAGACAUGAUUGUCCGUCCCGAGGGACGUUAUGCGCUAGAGGGCAAGAUUCUCGAUUUGGCCGGCCCGCCUCAUGUCGGCACAUCCAUUGGAGUGACGCACCCACUCGCGCACUGCCGGACCAACCCUUUCGAUGUCAUUAUCCCGCAAGAGUACCCCGGCCCAGUGUCCAUUACGCCAUUGUCCGAGGAGUUUUUGCGCCAAGGCGAACGGCACCUCGGGCGCCGUCCGCGCAACGACGACGGCGACUCUGAUCCAGACGACAACACGACCCAGGCCGAGUAG